AUGGCAUCGGGCGCGGAUGAUUUGCAUGCUCACGGGUUUGUAAACAAAAUCAUCAGUUCGUGGAACCAAUUGAAUACGAUGAAACGUAAUAGUGUUUUUGAGACUGAAAACGACAUCAACUAUUGUGCAAUUCCGGUUCGUACCGCCCCCACACUGAUAUCUUCAAACACUUUGAGAAGAGCUGAACGGGUUAAACGCUCACUAAAAAGAGCAGGGUGCUUGCUGGACGUAAAAGUUAGGUCCCCUAGUAAGCCUUCGCUUAAUGAGGCGAGCAGGGCUGAUGAACGCUCGAGAUUAUUUCCUUCUUUGAGUGGGCAGUGGACUGACUCAUUGAAAGAAAUCAGUAGUCCGAGAGAAAAUAAUGCCAGGGGCAAACAAAAGUAUACUGCUGCAAUUGAGCAGCCCAAAGACAUAGUAAGCUCAAGACAGCCUCUAAAAAAUUUGGUAAUUGAUCCUAGAGAUUAUUUAUCUCCAGAAGAAAUGGAGAAUGGGGGUUUUUACAUCUCUUUAAGCGCGGAGUCUAGUCCCCGGACAAUAUCUCACCAUAUCAGAACUGUUUCUCAGGUGGCUUUGAAGGAAAUGAUCAUGGGAAAUGAGGAGAUGAUAGGGAGCAUCGGAGGAUCUUUGAAGGAUGGGAAUUUUUUUCAUUCGAAAGUGAAAUGGACCUGCUACAUCAACUAG